AUGGAUUCAAGGACAAGUGAGAAUUUUGAAGGUGACAUUGUAUCAAAGCAGGUGGAUCUCCAGCAAGGCGAUAUGAAGUUUAACAUUAAGGGUACAGGUACAGGAAGCAUUAGUUUCAAAGAUAUGGAUCCAAAAAUUAAGGGUACAGGAAGCAUUAGUAACAAACAGAUGGAUCCGAAAAUUAAGGGUACAGGAAGUAUUAGUAGCAAAGAGAUGAUCUUCAGAGCUGAUAAAAUUGAUUUGAAGAACAUAGAUAUACAGCUUGAGAAGCACUUGAGCAGGGUUUGGUCCAAGAACAUUGAGAGAACCAGGCCUAAGGAAGAGUGGGAGAUUGAUUUAUCUAAAUUGGAUAUAAGAUAUGUUGUAGCCAGAGGGACCUAUGGUAUUGUAUACAGGGGUACCUACGAUGAACGAGACGUUGCAGUUAAGGUGUUGGACUGGGGGGAGGAUGGUUAUGCCACAGCUAAUGACACUAAUGCUGCGCGGGAAUCUUUUCAAAAAGAAGUUGCUGUCUGGCACAAGCUUGACCACCCUAAUGUUACAAAGUUCAUUGGAGCUUCAAUGGGAACUUCAGAUCUUAAGAUUCCUUCAAAAAGCUCUUCAAGUGAUGGUCUAGAUUCUAAUCCUGCAAGAGCAUGUUGUGUUGUUGUGGAGUAUCUCGCUGGUGGGACACUAAAGCAAUACUUGAUAAGAAACAGGCAAAAGAAACUUGCCUUUAAGGUUGUGAUCCAACUUGCUUUGGACCUGGCUAGAGGUCUUUGCUAUCUGCAUUCUCAAAAAAUCGUACACCGUGAUGUCAAAACAGAAAAUAUGUUGCUUGAUACUCGCAGAAACCUUAAAAUAGCGGAUUUUGGUGUCGCUCGUGUUGAAGCUCAGAAUCCAAGGGACAUGACUGGUGAAACUGGUACCCUUGGAUACAUGGCCCCAGAGGUUCUGGAUGGUAAGCCUUAUAAUAGAAGAUGCGAUGUCUACAGCUUUGGCAUAUGCUUAUGGGAAGUUUAUUGCUGCGAUAUGCCUUACCCAGACCUUAGCUUUGCUGAUGUAUCAUCUGCAGUUGUCCGACAGAACUUACGGCCAGAAAUCCCCAGAUGCUGUCCGAGUUCUUUUUCGAACAUCAUGCGCAAGUGCUGGGAUGCAAAUGCAAAUAAACGUCCUGAAAUGGGUGAGGUGGUGAGAAUGUUGGAAGCAAUUGAUACGAGUAAAGGAGGUGGGAUGAUACCUGAAGACCGUUCUCCGGGCUGUUUCUGUUUUGCCCCUACUCGUGGUCCCUGA